GCAUGGUGAAAGUUGGUACAAUUUUCGAAGCAAAGUGCAACAAGUGAUGCUUCAGCCAAGAACUGCAAGGAUGUAUAUCGGUGCGAUUGAAGAAGCCAGUCACGACUUUCUACAGAGGAUCGAGAAAAUCAAAAACUCCGAUAGCGAAGUCCCCGGUGACUUCUUAAAUGAAAUACACAAAUGGGCACUUGAAUCUAUAGCACGUAUAGCUCUGGACGUACGAUUAGGAUGUUUGAACGAAAACGCACCAGCAGAAACUCAAGAGUUAAUCAAUGCAGUUAAAACAUUUUUUACGAACGUUGGAAUUCUGGAAUUGAAAAUUCCUUUCUGGAAAGUGUUCAACACGCCUACUUGGUGCCAAUUUGUCAACGCUCUUGACGUAAUUUUAAAUACUACUUCUAGAUAUACCAAGGAAGCUCUAGAAAGGGCGCAAGCGAAAAGCUCCUCAAAUAAGGAGCUUUCCCUUCUUGAACGAGUUGUGGCUACACAAGAUAAUCCGAAACUAGCUUCCAUUCUUGCCUUAGAUUUAUUCCUCGUUGGUAUUGACACGACUUCAAAUUCAGUGGCUUCAAUUCUAUAUCAACUGGCCAAUCAUCCGGGAAAACAAGCACUUGUACACGAAGAGAUUUGUAAAACACUUCCGUCUGAUGGACAGCCACUUGAUGCUAAAUAUAUCGAUGACUUGAAGUAUUUGAAGGCUUGCAUAAGAGAAACUUUGAGGAUGUAUCCUGUUGUAAUUGGAAACGGACGCUGUACUACCAAAGAUACUGUAAUUUGUGGCUACCAAGUACCGAAAGGCGUGCAUGUGGUGUUUCAACACUACGUGAUCAGCAAUCAGGACAGGUACUUCCCAAGAAGUAAAGAAUUUCUACCGGAGCGAUGGCUAGGUGGUGACAAAAUGUGCCAUCCUUUUGCGUCUCUCCCUUUCGGAUACGGAAGGCGUAUGUGCAUCGGGCGACGCUUCGCUGAACUUGAAAUGAUCAUUGUAAUCAGCAAGAUUAUGCAAGCUUACAAGGUUGAGUAUAAUUAUGAAAAAUUGGAUUACUACAUCAACCCCAUGUAUUCGCCAAAAGGACCUCUCAAGUUCAAAUUUGUUAAAAGGUAUUAGAGUCUAAUAUUAAGAAAAAUUAUUUUAUAUUAUAUUCUCAUCGUCUAGUAAAUUUAAACAAAUUAGAGUACACAAGCAUAGGGCAAUCUGUGUACAUUACAACACGUGUGUUUCUAAAAGGAAAACACCAAAUAGCAUUAAUACAAAUGUAGUAUAUUUAAAUUUUGUACGCUCUAACUAUACUUGAAAUGUAAUAAGUAUAAAAAAUGUUUUUAUAUCA